AUGUCCGCAACGACAACUGCUGCUACGAGUGUCGCUACAAAUGCUGGUAAUAUCGGGGACCAUCAUAAUACAAGCCCUUCAAGUUCGCCUUUACUAUUUUUUGUCGCCCUUGGAUUUGGUGUCGUAUUCACCAACCUAUGGAUUAUUGUUGGAGUCAAAUACUGCUUUCGAUAUAAUCAGCGAAACCGCCAAUUACGCAACGAAGAAACGGGCGAGCCUAUAGACUUGGUGACUAUGCCCCGAACACACAGAAGAAGGAGGGAGAAGAAAUUGAUGACCAUGGAUGAAGUUAAUGAGCGAUUUCCACUUAUCAAAUAUAAAGCGUGGAGAGCAUCACGUGAAAUCGACGGCCUUCCAGCAAAUGGCGGGAUACAGGCACCGAAUAGCAGGUCGCAGAGCUUAAAAGGAAAUAAUAAUGACUUCGUUAUCACUGUUGGAGUCUCGCCCGGCAUGUCUCCAAUAGAUAACCAGCAGCAAAUAAAUGCACCUGCAUCGUAUUCGCCAACUUCUUUUCAGCAUACCGAGACCCUGGUUACGCAAUCAGAAGAGAAGACUUCCGGGGAUUUAGGACUUUCUGGGGUUUCUCCUAAUACCACCUCUGAUGCUGACGCUCGGGACGCAAGGCAGUCGCUCGAUAAACCUGUACAGCGCGUCCACGCUUUAGAAGACGAUGAAAAUAGCGAUGGCCAUAUCCGCACCGCACUGCCCGCUCGGCUGUUGCCAAGCCCCGGUGACUCGUGUGCAAUUUGCCUUGAUGCGAUUGAGGAUGAUGAUGACAUACGUGGUCUUACAUGCGGCCAUGCAUUUCAUGCUUCUUGCGUUGAUCCUUGGUUGACAGGUAGGAGGGCAUGCUGCCCUCUUUGCAAAGCGGACUAUUAUACACCGAAACCUCGCUCUGACGCUGUGGAGGUAUCGAAUGUGGAACGUCCAAGGCGUCGUCCUACGACUCGGACGCUGAACCAGCCCCAUGCAGUGUUCGUUGGCGGGCGAGUGAAUCCGUUUCGGUCGGUCAUGGCUUCUCCGGGACAGCUACUGCAGACAGCACUGCCUGAAAACAGUCCUAAUUUGACAUCACCAGCGGAGCAAAACCCAUGGCGCGUGUCAACCGGCCAAUCUGCAUCUACCAAUAAUCUGCCAGACAGGUCGGACGAGUCGCAUAGAAAUCGGAAUUGGUGGUCAAGGCUACUUCCUUCCCAUCUACGAGGCUUUUCCUUUGCCUCGUUACGUGUGUCUGGUCAGCACGAUAACUAUAGGGGGUAUGAAUACCCAACCGCAACUCAAAAUCGAACACCCCGCCAGCUUGAAGCCGGACCUACCACUUGA